AUGCUUUUAAAAACAUAUAUUUCUGCACAAUUAUUUCUAGCAGCAUGGGCGGCAACCGUCCCUACACCCACAGUUACAGGGAUCUUCAACUUUACCUCACUAAUAGACAUGGUGGUAAAUAUCUCAAGUCCCACAGUGUCAUCUUCUAGCGUGUCGGACAUUAAGCCAGAGCCAGCAUGUCGUCUGCAAGAGAUCGCUGGCUGUUUCAGUACCACUGCCCCGAGGUUCUACACGGCCGUCAUCAACAUCUACAGGAGGGACACCAGAAUGUCCAUUUGUGGCAUUGCUGACUACUUCAAUACCUGUGCCGUACCUUACAAACAAAAGUGUUCGUCUGCUGAAACUUUAUCAUUCGAUAUCUUCACUGGACUUAUUCAAUACCUGUGUACAGAGCAAGGCUAUAACGACUACCUGUCGCUGGUACCGUGUGUCUCCAACCCGGAAGUGACAACAGAGAUAAACAAAUGUGUCGACAACUUUCCUUCCCCUCUUCGAUGGGACGACUUGUGCAGACUGCCCGACGACUACACUUCCUGUGUGAUAAACGCCACGAGGGGCUACUGCGAAGGGACUUCGGCAGACAUGCUGCGACAGACAUUGAACACCAUUUUGUAUCCUCUUAAAAUAGCAACAUGUCAGAAUAGACCGUCACCAACAGACAACACUAAAAACGCAGUUCAAGCUAGAGAAGUCGAUGCUCAAGCUAUUAUAGAGCCUGCAUUCAGUUUGAAAAUCGCAGAGGCUCCAUCGACAGGAGCAUCAGAUAAAGAGCGACCCAGCAUAUUGACAACAUUAACAGAUGCAGCAACCACGACAUUACCAUCACUAGAAAUACCAACAGUUGUAGUGGAUGGUUCAGUAACACCAACAUCACCACAAGAGUUCUCCAUAGAUGCGAAGACAACUGCAGUCUCUCGAGAAUUCUCCAUUGCAACAGUUGAUGCCACAGACAGGGCAACAUCGUCACGAGAAUUCUCAACAGCCUCAACAGGUAUUUCAGCAUCUAGAUCUGUUGAUACUGUCUCACCCGCACCCAUAGAAGUUACAACAAUUGAGGCAUCGCCUAGGGAAUUUUCUACAGCUUUUCUGCAAGUUACGGCAGUGCAAACACUGCAAGGGUCUCAGGGAGAACUGUCAACAGAAGCAACUCUAGAAGCAACACCUUCGGGACUGUCUUCAGAAAAUUUGAGGACUGAAUUACCGCGUACUAACACUUUCCAGAAGGUUUCUGAAAAUGUUUCAACAUCACAGUUACAAACAUCUACUGUGCAAACAUUAGUAGAGUAUCCACAGCCAACCGCUGUGGGGUUUGCUUCGUCAAGCCUUGCCACUCAAGAUGGUACAGUUUCUGUCAUUGUUCCACAAGCCACUAGCUCUUUAGAUAUAUUCACAACAGCUGUGUCAGACAACAGAGCACUCAAAUUAUCAACGAAGUCCUUCUCAACUAGUGUUCUCGACAUAACCAUCCCAGAGAUAUCAGAACAAUUUUCAACGGUUGCACUAAAUAUCGAAACAUCCCAAGUAACAACAGGGAACAUUCCAGCACAAACUGCAGAUGUAACUGUAACAGAAACACCAGUUAGCCGAUUCGCAACAUUUGCCUCAGAUAUCAGGGUACCCGGAGAUUCAUCGCGAGAGUUUGUACCUGAAAGUACAGCUGUAGCUGAAGCAUCAGUAUUUUCAGAACAAUUUUCCACUGCUGCUCUUGCCAUUUCAACAUCCAAAGUGUUAUCCGAGGGUUUUUCAUCAAGAAUUCCCUCGGAACAAUUUUCAAGUUUUGUUCCAGAUAUAGGUCUGACAGUGAUAUCUUCUGAGAUAUUCCCAACGGCCACUUAUGAUGAUAGAACAAUAGAAGCACCUGCAACUACAACUCCAGUAAAGUUAACAUCUAAGACUGAAAUACUAACCAUGAGUCUAGCUGGUACAACACCUUAUUCUAAAAUACCAACAAAUCUUGACUUAUCAACAUCGGCAAGUGAAAUAAACACAAUUUAUAAAGAUGGCAAAACAAUACCUACAACGGAAUUAUCAACAAUAUUUCAAGAAAUGUCAACGAACUUACCAAUUGAAGUAUCACUUAUAGCUUCAGAAUACAUAUCAUCCGCUCAGGACCUGAAAACAACAUUAACUGCUGGUACAACACUUUAUCCAAGUUUAGGAAAUCACCUAACAACAGUGAGACAAGAAAGUUCUACAGAAUAUACACCACUGGUUGAAGGAACCUCAAUAACAAUUGUAAGAGAGGCUUCAAUAUCACCCUCAUCGUUUGAAGCAUCUUCAGUAACAACGCAAGAACUUCAAAUAUCGCCAACAUCUGUAGACUAUUUACCUACAGCCACAGCGGACAUCGCAACGACCCAAACGUCCUCACAAGCGACAACAACCACAUCAGCACCACCAACAACAACGUUUGCAUCCAAAACUACUUUAGAUUUCAAAACCUCACCCCUCAAAUGUUAUGAAUGCCACAGCGGGGCUCCUGGGUCAUGGCAGAACGUCAACUGUCCGCCGGACGGACGCAUCAAGAAAUGGGCAGUGACGACAAAACUUUGUCAUGGGCCUUGUGUCUCCAUGGUUAGCCGGUACCCAGCGGGAGAUGUAUACAGAGCCUGCUCCACGAACUACUACUUCCCUAAACCACCCCCAAGUGAAGGCUGCAUCAAAGAAGAUCAGGGCGUGUUCUGCUUCUGCUCCACUAACUUCUGCAACACCAGGAACAUGACCAAAGAACAGAAAGACUACAUCCAGCCACCGAACUUUCAAAUUUCAAUUUGA